CCGCCGCUACUCUUGCUCCUCGACGUCCCCACAGUUUCGUUUGGUUGCUUCCCGGCCGCAAGAGCGGGGUGUACCUCGCCUCACCGCCGUCCGCGCCGGCGCCACCGCGCCAGCGCCGCCAUCUCUCCUACCUGGGAGUCCAUCUCUCACAGAAGAAGAGCAGAUCUCCGGGGCGUCCUCCACUCGCAACUCCAUUCUAGGCCUUGUGCGCCAGCGCCGCAGGCAGUCCCGGUGUAAUCCUCUGCAGCUCGAAGAAAUUUGAGGGGGUGCUGGGGGAAUUAUUGUAGUUCCACCCAAGUCAUCUGAAGAGCGGAAUGCGUUGUCUCUGGAAUUAAAUUCCGUAGAAGUAGAUCUUGCCAUGGUUGUUACAGAAGGAAAUGGUAUAUUUUGGGGAUAUCAGCUGCUGCGGAUGUGGUAUGUCGUCACAUGGUUCUGCUCCAGUGAUCAUAAACGCGUCUACACGGUCUUUGAGGAUUAGAGGGCAUGCUGUCUCUUUGGAUUAUCCCACUAGGACUGAGCAGAAGAAUGAGGCCAAUCUAGUGGUGAUACGACCAGAUCGAAGACUGCGGGAUGAUUUUGUAGAUGCAGGUGCAGACCACGGAAAUGGCAGAAUAGCUGCAGAGGUCAAGAAGUCUUUACCAUCCCUGGAAGCUAAUCUGAGAAAGCUGCUGAAUGAGCAACAAAAACCAAGAAGGUCCUUGAAUCAUAACUCAGACAUGGUGGCUAAUGGGGCAUAUUUUUCAAAGCAUAAAGCUGAGUGCUAUGCCGACAGCCUCCGCCGGCACUGCAACAAUGGGAAGCUCAUUCAAGCUUGCCGCGUGAUCGAUGAGAUGGUAUUACAUGGCCAAGUUCCAGAUUCAAAGUGUUGUGUUAGAUUAAUCCGUGGGCUUGUGAGAACUGGUAAGGUCAACAAAGCUACGCAUGUUCUUAAGGUCAUGGUGCUUUCAGGUGGGAUUCCUGAUACCAUCACCUGCAACAUGUUGAUUGCACAACUUUGCCGCGAAGGGCAGCUGAGUUCUGCAAUGAAAGUUUUGGAGGAUAUGAGGUUUACCGGUUGCUCUCCAAGUGGCAUCACUUUUAACACUUUGAUUAGGUGCAUGUGCGGCCAGCAUAUGUAUGGCAGGGCAGUUUCCUUUUGGAAAGAGCAACUCACAAUAGGUUGGCCACCAUAUGAGAUGACGAGCACCUUGCUUGUUGAUCUUGUAUGCAAACAUUGUGGUCCCAUGCGGGCUCUUGAAGUAUUAGAUGAACUUGGUUUGGAGGGAUGCCAACCAGAUGUUGUCACUUACAAUGCCCUUAUCAAUGCAUCAUGCAAAGCAGGCUGUUUGAACGAUGCAAAGAUGAUCUUGACUUGUCUUGCAGCUGAAGGCAUUGAACCAAAUGGUACAACAUAUUGCAUCCUGCUUCAUUCCCUCUGUGACAAGAGAAGGUUUGAAGUCGGUGAUUUGCUUGCACACAUGAAGCAGGCAAAUCGUGAGCCUGAUGUUACUGCCUACAAUAUCUUUAUCAACUACUUCUGUAAGUAUGGACAUCUGGAUCAGGCAAUUGAUGUUUUGGAGAUGAUGGUGAGUGAUAAAUGCUUUCCUGAUAUAGUGACAUACAACACACUUCUGAAUGCCAUCUCUAAAAGGGGGAUGGUUGAAGAAGCUCUUGGAAUUUUUCAUGCUAUUAGAGAAAAUGGAUGCCAGGUGGUUUGUAUCACAUACAACACCCUCAUAGAUGCUUUAGCAAAGAAAGGUGAGGUUAUUAGUGCUAUGGCUCUGUUUGAUGAAAUGAUUGGUGAUGGGAUCAAUCCUGAUAAUGUCACUUAUGGAUCACUUGUCAUGGGCUUCUGUAAGAAGAACAUGGCCAAGGAAGCACUGGAGCUUUUGAAUCAGAUGCUUGCUCUUGGCUUUGAGAUUAAAGCAACUACCUUUUCCAUGAUGAUCCAAGCAUUGUGCAGAGAGUGUAAAGCUGAAACUGCUGCUAAAAUAUUAAGAGUAAUGGUAUCGAAAAAUAUCAACCACAGGACUGCAUUUUAUUUAUCUAUUGUCACCAGAGUUGCCAAGUCAGGUCAGGUUAAAGAGGCCCAAAUGCUAUACCAGGAGUUAGUAAAGUGCCAGGUCCUUAAAGAAAACUCCCAAUUUACUUUAAGCGGUUAGUUUCUGGAUUGUAAGAUCCUCAAGUCACUCAAUAAUCAACAAAGUGAUAGAAAAAUGCAAAUCAGCUGACACAGCAGAUAAUUUCUGGAAGUUUUGCACUGUGAAUAAUGUCUUCAGUGAGGUCCACUUGUUUGAGGACUGUUGACCAGUACCACACCAUGAUGCUUGCUUGAUGGCUCUUGGCAUAGAAUGGACACGGUGGGGUCAUGCUCCACAUUUCUUCAUUUCUUCUUUAGUCUUACAAAGCAGCAGCCAGCAGGAUUGUUCAGAGACUGUAGUUCCAUGCCAUUCUUCUGCACGCAUCACCUCAUUAAGCAUGGUUAUCAGCCGAUGAUUGAUUAUGUGUUCACAUAUUGUGCUUGUACUCCUGGAGAAGUUGUCUUUGUUCAUGUAGUCACCUCAACGGGACCUUACGACGGCCUCCUGUAUUUCUGGAGGAUUGGCAGUGGCCAAUGCUCAAUGCUGCUUGCAAAAUUGUAUAUGGUUGCGCUCACGUUGAUUUCUUUUGUGAUCGAAGAGUCAUUGAUGAUGGAAUGGAUGGAAUGGACAUGUGGGACCGGGGCAUAUUCACCACGGCAAA